AGUCUGUAACGAGUCUUGCGGCAGUUAGUUUUGUUAUUGUGUUGGAGGAUGGCGGUCCGUGUGUUGGUGUAGUGUUUCGUGUUCGAAGCCAACACGCCGGUUGUCGGCUUAGGGCACUUCACUCCCGAAAACAGGCUAGCAUGUGAACCAAGGAACGGCUCGAAGCUAUACCUCCCCUCUCUCGUUUACCGCUUCGGUUUUAUUUUUAAGUUCUCUCGAACGAGGCAUCUGGCGUCGGUCUGCACCUUUCGAGGGGAUCUGGUUUCUUUUGCGUGUCUAUCUCUCAUAGUGUUUCGCUUUCGUAUGUGCAUUUGCUGUGAGUGGGAAAUAUAACGAAGUAAGAAGUAUACAAAUAAAAACACUUAGUUGCACUGGUGUGUGCGUGUGUUUGUUGUGAGAGAAAUUUCUCAUCUCCAAUUCGUCUUGUUACUACUGGAAAUAUGCGCAUUUUUGUGCUGAUGCUGACAGUGUCAAACAUGAUGGCGGUGAUGAAGACAAAGUUUACGUCGUCGUGAUCAGCCACAAAAAAAAAAAAAAGACCGAAGGGGAAGUGGGAGAAAAAUUUUGGCCUUGAACUUGCCACUGCGUACAUUUGAAAGUCGCGUAUCAGGAGGUAGAGUGAAGACUUUACAGGCAAAAAAAAAAAAACUUCCAAAGUGGCUUAUAGGAGUGUGAAAGUCAACCACAAAAAUAUAGUGAAUUAGUUUGUUUUUUUAAAAGUGGGAAAGCGAAAUAAUUUGACUUUUUUUUUUCGUAGCUAAAACUUGAAGGGAAGUCGGUGCCUAAUUUUUUCCGACAUAUUUUACGUUUCUCGUCUCGGUUGUUUCUCUCUUCGUGGGGAAGUGACAACAGUGGAUGGUCUCCUCGCACGGAGAAGGAACGUCUGUGCGAAGCACAGAACAAAGCGACCCCACGAUAACUCCACGAAACAUGGGACUGCUGCGCGGUUAGCUCGAAGGUCGGCGGAGAGUGGACCCACGGCGCGAUGAACCUGCGCCAUGUCCAGACACCCUCGCCAUCCGUACCAGAGCGCGGCCGCGUGCGGACAUGCUCCGGUGCGACAACUGCAGCCUGCCACUCACCUCCACCAUGGCCUCAGGAACCCGUGGGCCGGCGAGGAGAACCACUCGCAGUCGACGACCAACAGCUCGUCCAGCAGCCGCACGUGUCGCGGUCCGGCGCCGCCCUGGCUGUGCAGCCACCAGGCGGCCCACAACGCGCACAACGCGCACAUCUCUCAGCACUCGCACAACUCGCACAACUCGCACAACUCGCACAACUCGCACGUGGAUGCCGUGAUCCAGAUCUCCGCAGCAGCUGGCUGCAGCCACGCAGAGGCCCUGCUGCAGAAGCAGCAGCAGAACUCGCGCGCGGUCAUCGUGCCCGCCUCGGAGAGGGAGCGCCCCGUGACGCCCGCCUCAUCACCGGCGGGCUCCGGCUCGGGCGGCGCCGUGUCCGGCUGCGGCGGCCACUGCGAGGCCUUCGACAACUUCUGCUACUACUGCCUGCAGAUGGUGUUCGUGGCGGGCAUCCUGACCGGCGUAUCGCUCACCAUAGCGGGCAGCGUGCUGCGCAGCCAGCGGCGCGGCGGUGACCUCAUGGUGCUGGUGUACAUCGGCUUCAUGGUGGCCAUGGUGUGCGGCCUGCUGCUGUCCGUGCAGUGCUGCGUGCGGCGCAACGUGAAGAGGCGGCGGCGGGCGCUGCGGAGGCCGUCCAGGCAGCAGCAGCAGCAGCAGCAGCUGCUGCAGCAGGACGGGAUACCCCUGCAGGAGCUGGCGAGGGCGCCCGCCUCCCUGCUGCAGCAGCAGGAGCAGCUGCAGCAGCAGCAGCAGCAGCCGGUGUACCAGCCCGUGAGGGUCGCGCACCAGCCGCCCGCCGACAACCAGAGGCUGCAGUACCACCACCAGCACGCCCAGCACAGGCCGCCGGUGCUGUGCACGGGUCCUGGUCCGGCCGCUGUGAACUCAAACGACUGGCUGUACCGCAGAGUCCUGCCGCCAGCAAGCGCAAACGACAACAACAUUGCCAUGUUCGAGUCUGAGAAUUUGGGCACCAGGCUGCGUUACUAUCAUGACAUUUGAAACUCAAGUGUUGAAAGAUAACGAACAGAACGUUUUAACCGAGUCCUUACGUUUGUGCUCCGUGAACCGAACACUUAUGAUGUGUGUAUAACUUGUCCAAGUGCUGUCUCAAAUAUUAGUUGACACUAGAACUAUUCCAGAAGUGAGCCAUAAAAUUUUGGGCAUACCAGUGACUUUAUGGUGGUGGUGUUGCAAAUAUCCACCACGUGACAUUUAUCACGUUCUGAUCUGGCUCUUGGUAGGAUACACUGAACAUUUGCAAUGCUGUUACGACGCGCAACUAAUCAAAAUGAUAACUCGACUAAACAAGUAGCAGCGGCCAAAAUAUUUUUCAUGUUGUACUUGCAAGAUCCAUUUCUGUAAGCUUGCUUUUAUUUAUCUGCAAUAAAGCACGUUCGUGAAAGAAGCUACAAUAGAUCUCACCAAGAACUCUUCAGUGUGGGAAGUCCAAGAACUCUAGGUAUCAAAUAAACCCUACAAAAUGGAUAACACAUCCAAUGUAAAGUCAAGAUAUUUUAUGUUACAAGAAAAUGUGCAUUUCCAUAGUUGUGGAUAUUACUUGCCAAGUGUUUGCACUCCAAAAAAGAAUUUAUUUAAAAUGUUAAUUUAUUGCUUGUUUAAUACUGGUUUUGUUCACGUGGGCUGUAACUUGUACGACUCCUGUAACCAAAAUUUAAUAAGGUGUUGCUGUUAAUGGAAGUAGAGUACUCUAGAGGCUACUAGCUAAUUGUUCUACCGAUUGGUGUUAACUACAACUGAGUGCUAGACCUUCUGCACAAGUGUGGGAGUUGGGGUGAAAAGUUCAUUAAGUGUCGGUGGGCAGGAGUUACGAAUUUGAAUAUUGAGUAUCAUUGUGUGCAUUUUCAUUUGCGAUAUGUAUGCCACCAUAUGUGAUUCGAAAACAAUUAAGCGAUAACUUAUAUAUAAUAGUAACAAAAAAUUGGAAUGGAAAAAUGAUGCUAGGUAGGUGUUAUUUAUCAACAACUUUUUGUGGACAUACAUAUUUGACAAAAAAAAAAAAAAGAAA